GUUAAUGGCAUUCCUACCUGUGCCAAUCCUAAUCUCGUACAGAAGACUGUACGGACUGAAUGGGCCUUAAAUGGGUAUGUUGUUUCUGAUUGUGAUGCCAUUCCAAACUUUUUCAAUAACCAGCAUUAUACAUCAACCCCAGAAGAAGCAGGCAAGCAGCUGCUGCAGCCAUUAAAGCAGGUGUGGACCUGGAAUGUGGGCCUUUACUGGCACUCCACACACAGAAUGCAGUGAACAUGAACUUGUUGAGUGAGGCUGAGGUUAACAAUGCACUGGCUAAUACACUUGCUGUCCAAAUGAGACUUGGCAUGUUUGAUGGUGAGCCUUCUGCACAACAGUAUGGUAACCUGGGAUUGAGAGAUGUAUGCACUGUGUCUCACCAAGAGCUUGCACUGGAAGCUGCAAGACAAGGCAUUGUUCUGCUAAAGAAUAACGGCCAUUCUCUACCUUUGUCCCACCAUCAUCGCACUGUUGCUAUCAUUGGGCCUAAUUCCAAUGUGACUUGACACCAUGAUUGGAAACUAUGCUGGUGUCCCAUGUCAAUACACAACUCCUCUCCAGGGAAUUGGCAGCUUAACGAAGACUAUUUACCAACCUGGAUGCACCAAUGUUGCUUGCUUGGAUGAUAAGUUGUUUGGUGAGGCAAUUGACACUGCAUGCCAAGCAGAUGCGACAGUUCUAGUAAUGGGGCUUGAUCAAUCUAUCGAAACAGAAGGUAGAGACAGGGUAGGGCUGCUUUUAGCAGGGCUCCAACAAGAUCUUGUGUCCCAGGUAGCCAUGGCCUCCAAGGGUCCUACCAUAGUAGUCUUGAUGUGUGGUGGUCCUGUUGACGUAUCUUUUGCACAGAAUGGCCCACACAUUUCUGCCUUUAUUUGGGUUGGGUAUCCAGGCCAAGCUGGUGGUGCGGCCAUUGCUGAUAUAUUGUAUGGAGCGACUAAUCCAGAAGGGAAGCUGCCAAUGACAUGGUACCCACAAGAGUACAUUUCAAAUUUGGCAAUGACAGAGAUGUCAAUGCGGUCAAGUUUAAAUAAAGGCUAUCCUGGAAGAACCUACAGAUUUUACAAAGGUCCUGUGUUGUACCCAUUUGGGUAUGGAAUGAGUUACACCAACUUUGUUCACACUAUAGCAAGUGCACCAACUGUUGUGGUGGUGCCUUUUGAAGACCGCCUCUCUUCUAGAAACUUGACUAUUUAUGACAAGGCAAUCAAGGUUAGCCAUGCAAAAUGUGAUCAGCUAUCAGUAAGUAUUCAAGUAGACGUUAAGAAUACUGGUUCUAGGGACGGCUCUCACACGUUGCUUGUCUUCUCUGAGCCACCAUUCGGGCAUGGGGUUCCCCACAAGCAGCUGGUAGCCUUUGAGAAAGUGCAAGUUCCAGCUGGGGCUCAGCAGCGGGUGGGAAUCAAGAUAAAUGUGUGCAAGUACCUAAAUGUAGUGGAUAACUUAGGAGUCCAAAGAAUUCCACUGGGAGAACACAAUCUUCAUGUUGGUGAUGUGAAGCACACCGUCACAAUGCAAGCUGCAACUCUUGGGGUAAGGAGCAAAACUAUGAUUUUUUAUUUAGGAUGGAAUCAAUUAUUUGCAAUUCUAUUUUUGUUUAUAUUAGUAAUGACUUGGUUGAAUCACCAGAAAUAUUUUAAAUGGAAAAAUAAAAUUAGGAGAAAAUAAAAUAAGAUAAAAAAAUGAUGAGAUUAAUUUGGUUUAAGAUUCAUUUUCACAAAAUAUGUAAUAUUUGAUUUGUAAGAAUCCUCUUAGUUCAUUAACCUGAAAUCGAAAAUGCUCACUCUUUUUUUCCUGGGUUUGGGUCCAAAACUGGUCAUUCGAUCAUGGGUUGGAUUUUACCUCAGUUCCUAGGGGGGAGACUAGGUAUAUGGCCCGGCCCAUUUGCCAUGUAUACUUCUAAUCUAUUAAUGUUUUGCUUGUACUCUUUAUUCUUCCUUUUGAUUUUGGGUUGCAUAAUUGGAUUGAAAGCACUUCUUUUUUAUU